AUGGUGCACUCUGCAAGAGUUGGCGUCCUCGGCGGCGGCCAGCUUGGUCGUAUGCUGAUGGAGUCCGCAAACCGCCUGAACAUCCAGAUGAAUAUACUCGACGCGGAGGCGGCACCGGCAAAGCAGAUCAGCGCGCAUGAUACCCAUGUAACAGGCUCGUUCAUGAACCCGGAGGCAGUCCGCAAGCUGGCUGAGGUUAGUGAUGUGCUAACAGCUGAGAUUGAGCAUGUCGAUACGUUUGCUCUGGAAGAGGUACAAUCCCUGGUCAAAGUCGAGCCUAGCUGGAAGAGUAUUCGGAUUAUUCAGGACAAAUAUGCGCAAAAGGAGCAUCUAGCCAAGUUCAAUAUUCCCCAGGCAAAAUAUAGGGAGAUACGAGAGAAUCGGCCUGAGGAAUUGGCUAAGGUUGGGCAGGAAUUUGGAUAUCCGUUUAUGCUGAAAUCCAAAACUGGUGCUUAUGACGGGAGAGCCCCCGCUCUGGAAUCUUUGAAAGGUAGACCCCUCUAUGCUGAGAAAUGGGCUAAGUUCAGGAUGGAACUAGCUGUUAUUGUGGUUAAGACAAAGGAUACUGUCCUGUCAUAUCCCACCGUCGAGACUGUCCAGGAAGACUCUAUAUGUAAGCUUGUCUAUGCACCGGCUCGAGGCGUCUCGGAGAGAAUCAAUGAAAAGGCUCAGGAGCUAGCCAGAAAUGCCGUUGCCGCGUUCGAGGGUAAAGGAGUCUUUGGAGUCGAGAUGUUCCUUCUAGAAGAUGACUCGCUGUUACUAUGUGAACUGGCUAGCCGGAUCCAUAAUUCAGGGCACUACACAAUUGAAGGGUGCGGCCUGUCGCAAUUUGAUACCCAUCUACGGGCCAUUCUUGAUCUGCCUAUCCCACCACAGAGCCUGCAGCUACGACAACCAUCGAUUAUGCUAAACAUAUUAGGUGGGUCUGCUCCAGACUCACAUCUGGAUAUUGCACGACAGGCCCUGUCGAUACCGAAUGCAAGCAUCCACCUGUACAGCAAAGGGAAUGCCAGGCCAGGACGCAAGAUGGGUCAUGUAACUGUGACAGCAUCGACGAUGCAUGAAGCUGAGGCUAUUAUCCAGCCACUGGUUGAGUAUGUCAACGGCAAAUCAGUAGCAUCUGCACCUUUAGCCGCACCAAAGCCCCAACCAACAGUGGGGGUCAUUAUGGGGUCUGAUAGUGAUUUGAAAACCCUUGUUCCCGGGUUGAAGUUGCUCCAAGAGUACUUUGGCAUUGUGCCGGAGGUCGACAUUACCUCUGCUCACCGCACCCCUGAGUAUAUGGCAGAGUAUGCGGCCUCAGCUGCAUCUCGCGGCAUCAAGGUUAUCAUUGCUGCUGCCGGCGGUGCUGCUCAUCUUCCUGGAAUGGCCGCUGCCCAUACCUCUCUGCCUGUUAUUGGUGUUCCUGUCAAGGGAAGUGCCCUUGACGGUGUUGACAGUCUGUACAGCAUCGUACAAAUGCCCAGAGGUGUCCCUGUUGCCACUGUUGGAAUCAACAACAGCAUAAACGCUGCGCUUCUUGCAGUAAGAAUACUGGGUGCUUUCAACCCGGCCCUGCGUCAGAAAGUCGAAGAGUAUGCGAAGGCCGCGAAGACCGAGAAUCUUGGCGUCAAGGGAGUGAAGAUGAGGGAGAUUGGAUGGGAAAAGUACUUUGACCAGAUGGAAAAGAAAUAA